AUGUUAAAUAGUUAUCCAUUAUAUCAUUCUCAUCAUAAUACAACAACAAAUAAUUUACGUCGUAGUAGUCUUAAUUCUACAAUCUCUUUAACUAAAUCUCGUCGAAAUUCAUUUUCACCUUCAACACCAUUAAUUUUAUCUCAAUCUACAUUUGAAGAUUUUAAUGAUGAUUAUUUUUCAUUACCAUCAUCAACAAACAAUAAUAAUAAUAAUAUUACAUCAAAAAUUAUUGAAAAUAAUACAAAUUUUUUUUCCGAAUCUAAAGAUGAUACAAGUCUUUCAUUUCUUGAUGGUCUUGAUCUUGCUAAUAAUUUAAUAUCAUCAACAAAUGAUGAUAAUAUAUUUAAUGAUAAAAGUCUAACAGAUUUAUCAACAUCAUCACCUAUUAUUUCAUCAUCAUCUCAAUCAAAUAUUCAAUGUGUACGUAUUAUACGUCGAAAUGAUACAGCACCUAUACAAACAAAUACAAAUACAAAUCAACGUCGUGUUGUACGUGUUAUUCGUUUAAGUAAUGCAACACGUCCUAUUGAACAAACAUCAUCAUCAUCAUCGUCAUCAUCAUCAUCAUCAUCAAAUGUAUAUAUUGUUCGUAAAACAGAUAUAACACCAACUGUUCAAAUAAAUCCAGCAAUAAAACAUGUUAUUGCACAAACAUCAAUAAAUAAUAAUAAUAAUAAUAAUAAUACAGAUGAAAAUAAUCAAUUAAAUAAAUUUUAUGGUUCAACUAUAUCAAUAUUUGGUAUUGAAUUUACUGUUGUAUCAAAUGAAAAUAAUCCUACAGAUAAAUGUGCAUCACUUGUACAAAAUAUGAAUGAUACAAUAAUAAAAACAAAUAUACAAACAACAAAUAAAAUUAAUGAUAUUCAUAAAUUAUUUUCUCGAAUAUAUCGUUGUGUACUUUGUUCAGCUGAAUUUGAUAUUUAUGAAGAUUUUGUUUCACAUGGUAGUGGACAUUUACAAGAUUUAACAUUAAAACCACUUGAAACAGCAUCUGUUUUUCGUCGACGUUCAUAUCGAUGUCUUUUACCACAUUGUAAUGCAAGAAUUGAAAGUGAAACUGAAAGUCCUCGAAUACUUGAUCAAUUAUUUCGUCGACAUCUUCUUAGUCAUGUUGGUACACAUCCAUUUAAAUGUCAUAUAUGUAAAAGUAAAUUUCAACGAAUACAAAAUUAUCGUGUACACUUAGCAUAUCAUGAAGAAAUGAACAGUCCUUCAUUACAGUGUAAAAAAUGUUUAAAAAAAUUUACUGCUGAUAAACAAUAUAAUUUUCAUAUUCGUAAAUGUUUUGUUGUACCACCACCACCAACAACAACUGCAUUAUUUCGUUGUCAUAUAUGUGGUGAAAAUUUUGAAAAAGAUCAAAGUUUAAAAUUACAUAUGCAACAUAUUCAUCUAUCUCGUCCACCAACUCCAACUGUAACUACUAUACGGAAUGAUAAUGAAGUUCGUGUACGAUUAGUAUCUCCAUCGAUUGUAUCAAUAAAAUCGAAAACUUCGCCAAUCUCAUCAAAUACAUGUCAGAUUUGUCAUCAAGAUUUUCCUAAACGUUUACUCUAUAAAAAACAUAUGUUAACACAUUUGGGUGAUAAACAUUUUGCAUGUACUUAUCCAGCAUGUAAAGAUACAUUUUAUACUCAAUCAAAUCUUGAUCGUCAUGUACGUACUGUACAUUUACGUGGAAGUCAUUCAUUUACAUGUACAUUUCCAAAUUGUGGAAAAACAUUUACAAGAAAUGAUUCAUUAAAAAAUCAUCGAGCAAAACAUUUUCCAAAUAUGAUUAUGAAAUGUCCAUAUGUUGAUUGUGAAGAAAAAUUUCGUGUACGAUCAACAUAUCAUGCACAUGUUAAACGACAUCGUAGUGAAAAACAACAAGCAUCAACUAUUUACGUUUGUGUAUUACAAAAUUGUCAAUAUACAACUUCAAAUAAAGCAAGUAUGAAACAACAUUUAACGAAAAUACAUGAUUAUAAACAAGAAAAAGAUGAAGACAUUCCUUACCUUCAAUAUCCAUCCAAACAACAACAACAACAACAACAACAACAGCUUCACAUUGAUGAACCAACUUCAACUAAUCUUGUUGAAGUAUCAGCUCCACUUGUAGUUAAAUUACCCGGUGAUGAACCUCUUCCGCCAACAUCACUUGUAGUACCUCAUACUCAACCAUUAGUUGCUGCUCCACCACCACCACAACCACUAAGUGAUCCAUUUGAUUUCUUUAAUAUGAUGAUGAUGCCUGAUAUGCCACUUGGUAAUCUUGAUUGGCUUAAUAUUGAAUCAGAAGAAAAUAUUCGACCACGUAAACGUCAAAAUAUAAUUACAAUUAGUCGUGAUAUGGAAAGUUUAUCAACUGUAGUUGUAGAAAAUUUAAGUGGUUGUGCUCGAACAGAUUAUCGUAGUAAUCAUGCAUUACUUGAACGUGCUAAAUUUCGACGAAAAUUAUUAAAUUAUAAACGAGAACUUUUACGAGUUGAUUCACAACCAGUUCCAAACGUAACAAGACGUUUAUCAUGUCAACUAUCUGAUGAUAAUGAUAAUGGUAUUGAAGAUGAAGAGGAUGAUAUCCUUGAAACAACAAUAUGGGAAACAAGUCCAAAACGAAUAAAACGAUGGGUUGAUGUUAAUGAAAAUUAG